GGUAUAGCAACGGGUAAUCGUCUACCACUUUAUGUACGUUCCUUUUUUCAAACAUUACUUUUCACGUUGGGUUCAUUUGUACAAAAUUGGGCAUGGUCCGUUGUCAUUGUUGGUUUAAGUGUUUAUUUGAUUUGCGCCUUAGGACUUCGAUAUGUGCAUAUCGAGACUGAUUUGAUCAAACUAUGGGUGUCAGAAGGUGGACGUUUAGACGAUGAAUUGCAUUUUCUUCAACGUGUGCAACGAAAUUAUGAGUAUGAUAUUGUUCGUGAAAAACGUUCAGCUGAUUUUGAAAAUUCAAAUAUUCGUAAGUCAAUCGUUUCCAUCAAAGCAAAUGGUAGAAAAAAUGUGAAAAGCGUGGACACAAAUUUGGAUAAUGCAUUUGAUAGCCGUUUUCAGGUGAUAAUACAAACACCUGUAGCAAAAGGAAUUAAUGCUUUAACCAAAGAAUCAUUACUUAAACAUGUUCAAAUUAUGGAAGAAAUUGCCAAUUUUCAAGUGGAAAUGUAUGGCGAAAAUUGGACAUUAGCCGAUAUAUGCUUCAAGCCACCAUCACCGAAAUUAUCACACGGACCAUUUGCUGAUAUAGUGACCAAAUUGUUGGAUCGUUUAAUUCCGUGCAUUUGGAUAACACCAAUUGAUUGCUUCUGGGAAGGAUCAAAACCAUUGGGACCGUCACCACCGCUCAUUUUAGGGCCCGAUGUACAUGCUUUCAUUAAUUCCUUACCAAAAGGUAAUAUAACAUGGAAAAAUUUGGAUCCUUCAGCAGUACUGAAAGAAGUUUCGACACUUUUUGAUCUUGGAACAAUCUUCGAUUUAUUUGAAAGAGCUGGUAUAGGAGCUGCUUAUCUGGAUCGUUGGUGCAUCGAUCCGUUAGAUCCGGAAUGUCCAUCAACAGCACCAAAUGCUUUCGAUCAUUGUUUAGCAUUCAGAAAAUUUCAAGCCUGGAAUAUGGCAAUGCCAAAAAAUAAACAGAUAGUAUUGGAAGAGGAAGCAAUACCAGUAUAUAAGUUAGAAUCAGAAGAUGCUGCAUUACAAAUUCUUGAUGAAAUUUUUGGUAAAAAAAGACGUAAGCGAGAGAUGGAAAUUUCAACGGUAAAACCAAGUAUUAAAAAUCAUACAGAAGAUGAAAGUUCCGACUAUUAUGCAUAUGAAGAUGAUGAUGAUUACGAUAUCAGUCAUAAUGCUACUAAAAAUAAUGAGGAAAUUGCUGAAAAAGAACAAUGUUUGCGUUAUGGUAAAAGCUUUUUGAAAUGGUUGAAUGCAAAUGAACAUCGAUGGAGUGAAUUUUUAACAUUGGAGGAGAUGCCGGAAUAUCCGGAUUAUGGGAAAAUAAUGACAGGUGGAUGUCGAGGAUUUGCACGAAAUACAAUGGUAUGGCCGGAAGAUUUGAUAGUUGGUGGUGUGAAAAGGGAAAAUCAUAAAUUGAUAAGUGCUGAAGCUUUUCAAAGUAUUUUCCUGGUUGCAUCUGGCAGUGAUGUCUUUUCACGUUAUAAAGAAGAAAAGUCAAAUUUAAAACCAAAUUUGAAUAUUAACAUUUGGAAUCCAUAUUACGCGUCGCAAAUUGUUUCCGCUUGGCAGCGAAAUUUCACGCAAUACAUCUAUGAGCAUCGUUGGAAUACAGAGUUUGUUUAUGCUGGCUGGUCACAGUUAAACUGGGAUGGUUGGUGGUUUGCAGUGAAUUCAUCAGUUGGUCUCAGUAUCCUUGGCGUCUUUCUGGUCACUUAUGCGAGUAUUUCCGGUCUUGGCAUAUCUUCAUAUAUGGGUAUUCAUUUUAAUGCAGCUACAACACAGGUAAUUUUUUUUUUACAUUAA